AUGGCGGCGCGGUGGGCCGUCAGCGCGGGCAGAGCCUGGAUGUGCGGCCUCCUUGGCUGGGCGCGCCCGGAGAGGUGGCUAGCACCCAGCAGCCUUUUCCCUCUGUCAUGUCUCCACACAAGCACAGCUCUGCAGAAACUUGGGAAGUGGGAGAAAAAGAACAGGAUUGUUUACCCUCCGCAGCUGCCAGGAGAACCUCGCAGACCAGCUGAAAUAUAUCACUGUCGGAGGGAAAUUAAAUAUAGCAAAGAUAAGAUGUGGUAUCUGGCAAAACUGAUAAAAGGAAUGUCCAUCGAUCAGGCUCUUGCUCAGCUGGAAUUUAGUGAUAAAAAGGGAGCAAAGGUGAUCAAAGAGGUUCUGUUAGAAGCUCAGGAAUUGGCAGUAAGAAAUCACAACGUGGAGUUCAAAUCAAAUUUACAUAUAGCUGAGUCAACGACGGGCAGAGGCCGCUAUGUGAAGCGGAUUCGUUACCAUGGCAAAGGCAUGUUUGGCAUCAUGAACAUCGUCAGGUGCCAUUACUUUGUGAAGUUGGUGGAAGGUCCUCCUCCCCCUCCAGAGCCACCAAGGACUGGUUUUGACCAAGCGAAAGAAUACGUGCAGCAGCUGCGAAGUAGAACCCUUGUAAAUACACUGUGACAAACUUUUGUGACCAUAUAGGUAUUUCUUGUUUGACAAUGUAAUCAUAUAAAAGAAUAAUUAAAAUCAUGUCUCAGUUAUA